AUGGCUCAGGCGGGGAGAUUCCUGGGCUGGCUGCUGCUGGUGGCCCUGGGCCUGCUAGGCGGUGGAUGCCGAGCGGAGCGGGACUGCAGAGUGAGCAACUUCAGAGUCCAAGAGAACUUCGACAAGGCUCGUUAUACUGGCACCUGGUACGCCAUGGCCAAAAAGGACCCCGAGGGGCUGUUCCUGCAGGACAAUGUGGUAGCCCAGUUCACCAUAGAUGAGAAUGGACAAAUGAGCGCCACCGCCAGGGGCAGAGUCCGGCUGUUUAAUGAGUGGGAUGUUUGCGCUGACAUGAUUGGCUCCUUCACUGACACUGAGGAUCCUGCCAAGUUCAAGAUGAAGUACUGGGGUGUAGCCUCUUUUCUCCAGAAGGGAAAUGAUGAUCACUGGGUGGUCGACACAGAUUAUGACACUUAUGCACUUCAUUACUCCUGCCGCCAACUAAAUGACGAUGGCACCUGUGCUGAUAGUUACUCCUUUGUGUUCUCCCGGGACCCGAAGGGAUUGCCAUCUGAGGCACAGAGAAUUGUCAGGCAAAGGCAGGUUGACCUCUGCUUGGACAGAAAAUACAGAGUUAUUGUCCAUAAUGGAUUCUGCGUUUAAGGAGUUUUGAAACUAUGGAAGCAAAUCAUGUAACAUCAAUAUGGAUGUAAA